AUGUCAUUUAAGUCUAAUAUUAACCGUUUUAGCGAUAUCAACACCUAGAACUUAUAUAAGAAAAAACUGAAAAGGGUCAAGCCACAUCUCCUCAAUACUAGAACCACCAGCUACACAACUGGACUUCAGACCGUGAAUCAAUCAAAGCAGGCAUCUAGGUGUACUUUAGUCUCGCCAGUCAAUGCCAUCGAUGUCACAAGUGUCCUUCAGAAUACCAAUAGAAAUGAGAUACUGAGACCUUUGGAAUUCCAGCCACCUAUGAAAGAGAGAAUGGUAGAUAAACUAUCUAGAUUAUCAGCUAAUUACCCAUAAUCAGAUUGGAAGUAGCAUGACAGAAGGCAUAGCGAUAUGAGAUAAAAGUUGAAUUAAAUGUGCUAGUUAAAACAUCAAAAGCAAUUUGCAAAGAAAGUACUUAUAGAUAAGUAGCAGUUGUUUCAAAACAUAGCCUCAAGUAACUAUUCUAAUAUAAGCAACAAGAAUCAAAUGAGCUUUCAAAGCUAUAAUAAUUACAGUAAUAAUGAUGUGUAUUCUGGACGUGGAUUCCCAUAAGUUCAAAAUUCAACCUAGAUACCAGUGUUCAUUACCCCAAAGAACUCACUAUUAAAUAGAAGUGCUUUACAGCAUAGCAUGAAUAAUACCAAGCCAGAUAAUUCUCGCUAGCAAUAAAUUUCAUCGAAUAUGAGCACAGUUCAAUACAUUACUGUAGAGGAGUAAAUGAACAAAGACAUUGAAGCAGAUCUCAGCCACACUAGGAGGUCGAUGCAAUUAUAAAAAUUUAAUACAACUAAGAAGUAUUAUGUAAGAGUUAAGCCCUAGUCCAGCUUAAACGAAAUGUUCAGAAGUCUUGAGGAUUAAAAAUUCCUUAAUGUUUGA